AGCCCCCAUCCAGCCCUGGCAGGGGAGGGAGCUCGGGAGCUGACAGAAGAGAGGAAAUUCCCCUGGAACCUGUUUCUCUGCUUCCCGGCUCAGCUGGGGCACCCACUGGAGGGAGAGGCCAGGCCAAAGACCUGGGCCCGCCAUGGCCUUGGCCCUGAGGCCACCCCGGGUUCCCAAGCCCAAGAGCGGCCUGCCCUCACACUACCACGAGAGCUUCCUGGAGAAGAAGGGACCCCGAGACCGGGAUUACAAGAAGUUCUGGGCAGGCCUCCAGGGCCUGACUCUCUAUUUCUACAAUAGCUAUCGGGACUCCCAGUAUAUGGAGAAGCUAGACCUAGGCGUGUUUGUGAAGCUCACAGAUGAAUCUCCCUGGGGGAGCUCCCAUGACCCUGGCACCCACUUUUGCUUGGUCCUGCGGCACCAGGAGAUCAAGUUCAAGGUAGAGAGCCUGGAGUCUCGGGAGAUGUGGAAAGGCUUCAUCCUGACGGUGGUGGAGCUCCGUGUCCCGUCCAACCUGACCCUGCUGCCCGGACACCUGUACAUGAUGGCCGAGGCCCUGGCCAAAGAAGAGGCACGACGUGCGCUCGAGAUGCCCUCGUGCUUCCUGAAAGUGAGCCGGCUGGAGGCUCAGCUGCUCCUGGAGCGCCACCCCGAGUGCGGGAACCUGCUGCUCCGGCCCAGCGGGGACGGCGCGGGCGGAGUGUCGGUCAGCACGCUCCAGACGCUCAACGGGACGCCGGUGGUCCAGCACUACAAAGUGAAGCGCGAGGGCCCCAAGUACGUGAUCGACGUGAAGGAGCCGUUCUCCUGCACCUCGCUCGACGCAGUGGUCAACUAUUUCGUGUCGCACUCCAAUAAGAAGCUGAUGCCCUUCCUGCUGGACGAUGACUACGAGAAAGUGAUAGGCUACGUGGAGGCGGAUAAAGAGAAUGGCGAGAGUGUGUGGGUGACGGCCUCGGCCCCCUCGGCCCCCUCGGCCCCCGGCCCAGGUCCUGCACCCCCUAGGGGUGGCCCUAAGCAGCUGCCUCCCUCGUCCAUCGCGCCCGUGUCCAGCCAGGACAAGCUGCCCCCACUACUGAACCAGGAUGAGAACUAUGUGAUCCCCACUGGAGAUGCCCCAGCUGCCAACUACGUGAACCAGGACGUGCCUUCCCCUAGUCGACCAGUUGUCCCGAAGCCCAGGAAGUUGGCCAUGUUUCAGGCAAAGCCACCCAUUGUGCCCAUGUCAGAGCCCAAAAAAGGCCUCAACAGUGGCCUGGCCAGGAAGCUGGCAGUCAGCUCAGCGCAGGCUUUCUCCUCCCCGACCACAGGGUUGGCAGAUGUGACAGCAGAGCUGAAAGGGAAACUGCAGAGGAGACUGGCGCUGGAGCACGCAGCCGAGUGCACAGGGGACCAGCGGGCCAAUCUGCAAGCGUGGCGUGUCAGUCAGGCAGAUCCCUCCUCCCAGAAUUAAAGCUCAAGUGACCCCA